AUGCGCACAGUCGUCACCUGUAUCCGUACAAGAGUCGUCAGCAUCACUGACUAUCCUAUGCACCAGGAUAUCUCGUUCUGCAUCUCGAUCCAGGUUCCUGGAGAACAUGGCGAUGAUGAGUCAAUUCUUGCUGCCGCGGAGCUAUCGGCAGAGUAUUUGAGUGCGCAGGUUGCUAGGGGGUCGGUUCAUAUCAAUCGGGCUUUGCUAUUUCGGAGGAGAUAG